AUGGACAAAAUCUCGAAUAUGUACAACUUCGACGAUCCACCCCCGGAAAAGUUAAGCUUAGAGUUGUUCAAAAUAGAGAAGAAAAUUGGAAAAGGACAAUUCAGUGAAGUUUUUCGUGCAGAAUGCACCUGGGUUGAGCUUCAUGUAGCUCUCAAAAAAAUUCAGGUAUUUGAAAUGGUAGAUCAAAAAGCUCGCCAAGACUGUCUCAAGGAGAUUGAUCUACUCAAACAACUUAACCAUGUUAACGUGAUCAGAUACUACGCAUCUUUCAUUGAUAACAAUCAGCUGAACAUUGUUCUCGAACUGGCCGAGGCAGGAGAUAUGAGUAGAAUGAUAAAAUCCCCGGAAAGAAUCCAAGAAUCUGGAUACAACUUCAAAUCAGACCUCUGGUCAACCGGAUGUCUUCUCUAUGAGAUGGCUGCUCUCCAAUCUCCAUUCUACGGGGACAAAAUGAACCUGUACUCACUGUGCAAGAAAAUUGAAAACUGUGAAUACCCGCCUCUCCCAGCUGACAUUUAUUCAACCCAACUACGUGAUCUUGUCUCUCGAUGCAUUCUUCCGGAAGCCUCAAAACGGCCAGAAACUAAUGAGGUCCUUGAAGUCGCCGAACACAUGAACAAUCAUUUCUCUCCGCCCGACGAGCAAUCACCGGUUCCUUCUACGCCGCAAUUUUGA